AUAAUGAACGAAUGUUUUCUGGCCCAGCAGGUGAUCUGACUCCAUGCUGCUCGUAAGUGCUAAACCGUAAUGAGUACAGCACAGUAUACCUCACAGUCACUCAUGGCGCUUUACUGCAACAGAAUAGUAACUGCUCAUAGGAGAAGCCCGUGUCUAUGGGAGAAGCCCUGGACGGUCCAUGGAGGUACGGGACUGAGUUGUCCGCAGUUGCGGUGUAAUCGGCAGCGCUUCCUGACGCAGGUGCCUCAUGGCAGACGGCUGAUACCCCAAACCAUGCGGCAGCACUGGCUGCUUCUCGGAGCCUGCGGCUGGGUGCUGCUCAUCCUCAUGUUUGCCAGCAAGUUCAUCAACUUGAACUUCAGGGUUCCUGAAGACUAUAAGGGCAGGCCGGCCCUGCAUGUACACAGCUGGACAUCACCUUCCACGAAAAACAUCAGGCCUCCUGCUGCCCAGAGCAUGGUGAAGAGGAAAGCUGUGCCUUCCAAGGAGGGCUCGGUGGGACCCUCCCCAGGUCAGCAUGCAGACUGGAGCGCAGUGGAACGGAGACGGCAGGAGCUCCUGCAGAGUGUCUGCCAGAAUUCCUCCAUGAGGAACCUGACACAUACACCGCUCAGCAAGUUCGUCCUGGAUCGCAUCUUUGUCUGUGACAAGCACAAGAUCCUCUUCUGCCAGACGCCUAAGGUGGGCAACACCCAGUGGAAGAAGGUCCUCAUUGUCCUAAACGGAGCCUUCCCCUCUGUGGCAGAGAUUCCAGAGAGCAUCGUCCACGACCAUGAGAAAAAUGGCUUGCCUCGUCUCUCCUCUCUGACUGAAAAGGAAGUAGCUGAAAGACUAAGCACCUAUUUCAAGUUCUUCAUUGUUCGAGAUCCAUUUGAGCGGCUCAUCUCGGCUUUCAAGGACAAGUUCCUGCAGAACCCACGAUUCGAGCCGUGGUACAAACAUAACAUUGCGCCAGCCAUCAUCCGCAAAUACCGCAAGGUUCACGGUGGCAGCACUGGGGCCCCCGGCCUGCGCUUUGAGGACUUCGUCCGUUACCUCGGUGACCCUGGGCGAUGGCGACUCGACCGCCAAUUUGGCGACCAUGUGAUCCACUGGGUGACGUACGUGGAGCUGUGCGCACCUUGUGACAUCGCCUACAGCGCAAUUGGCCACCACGAGACCCUGGAGCAUGACGCCCCUUCCAUCCUCCGAGCCGCUGCCAUCGACCAGCAUGUCUCGUACCCUGCCAUCCCGCCGGGAAUCACCCGCUACAACCGCACCAAGGUGGAGCAGUACUUCACCGGAAUCAGCAAGCGCGACAUCCGGCGCCUCUACGCCCGCUUCCAGGCGGACUUUCUGCUUUUUGGCUACGAGCCGCCGGACUUCUUAUUGGACUAAAUAGCCAGUACAGCCUGUGUGUUCUGCAUUUCUGGUGGUGGGUGGGGGGUUGUGGGUGAGGGGUGUCCCACAAGGCUCCCCCUGUCAGUCUGAGGCAAUCUGCAAAGCUAUAGCCAGGGAUUGGCACAACUGGUACGCAUUCACGGUAUAAGAUAAAAUGUUUGGCAACUCUUGCUGUCACAGCGCAGUUAUACACUUAAUUUAUACUUAAUAUAAAUAUACUUAAUAUACUUUGUGUGCAUUUUCACUGUUGUGACAUUAGAAAUUAAGGCAUAAGAAUUUACCACACAGUUUAACCUAUAUACUGUGAAUGCAUACUUGCAUACCAGUUAUGUUAAUCCUUAGCUAUAGCUAAUAUUGGGCCACAUUGUGUUUACUGGCUAACCUCCAUAUUCAGUGCAACUACUGUGCCCUUAGUCCUGUUUAACAUACUGCUGUGUAAGAAUAUUGACGAUGAGAUUGAUAAUUAAUAAUUGAAAAUUUCUAUAGAGGCUUGCUGUGAAGUUGACAUCAUUCCUGUAACGAGAGGUGUGUUGCUUGUAGAUUAACUUUAGAACAGGAAGCAUCUCCUCCUGGUCCUGGAAGGAUGAGCCUUUGCGGCUGAAUGUUUGGGUUCUCUUUUUUUUUUAUUGUAUCGUUACUAUAUCAGUCAGGCCCAGAAAUGUGCACCCCUGCAUCGCAGUAACGACUGCCGGCUGUGGUGGCCUGUUUCAGCCACGUCAAACCUUCCACUUAUCGUCCGCUUCUCAGGGGCUGGUCUGGACGUUGGGAUCCAUUGUUCAAUCUUAAUACACAAAUAAAUAACUCUCCUGGUUAGAGUUUUUAAAAUGA